GUCAAACUCCAGCUCCUUCUCCAUUCUCUCUCUCUCUCUCGUUUCACUUUCUUCUCUCUCUAUAAAACGAGUAGCAUGGCGGAUUGGGGACCAGUUCUGAUCGCAGUGAUCCUGUUCGUACUCCUAACACCGGGACUUCUUUUCCAGAUUCCGGCGGGAGGCAGAGUGGUGGAGUUCGGGAAUAUGCAGACGAGCGGCGCGUCGAUUCUCGUCCACGCUAUCAUCUUCUUUGGUCUCAUCACUAUCUUCACCAUCGCCAUCAACGUCCACAUCUAUUCCGGUUAAACUGUCUUUAGCUUAUUAUUAUUUGGUUUACUGAAAAAACAACCUUUUCUUUUCUCCGGUUCAGAAAAUUUAUGUAAGAUCUAAAAAAAAUUCGGAUUUUGUGAGUUGUAAUCAAAAUUUUAUUAUGAAUAUUAAAAUCCAUCUUGUUCUUGUAUCAGUUUAUUUGGGAUAUGGUUCUAAUUUGAUUCCAU